GAAAGCCACACAGUGAUACAAAUUCGACAGUUUUAUAAAGAUAUAUAAUUAUCUUAGCUAUUUGGUUCCGGAAGCCGUUACAAUUACCGGAACUUUAUAAUUCGGCACAGUUAUUCGCCGUAAGUUCGAAGUGACAAUAUUUGCACAUAGUUUGAGUGCAUAAAGUGACACUCGGUGCUGGAAAAUCUGGACCUUCCGUCAGCCAAAAUUAAGGCCAGAUUCUUCCGAAGAAAAGUGGCAGUGGCUCAGAAGUGUCGAACGGUCGUCCGUCAACAAACGACCACGCUAAUCCGAGUGAAGCUAACGGAAGGCCGGAGGAUGUUCCCGGCGGAAGAGCUGGACGAGCAAGCCACGCGGUAAGACAGCGACGUAAACCGGUGGCCAUCGGCCGGCGGAACACACGGACAGCAUCAGCAGCAGCAACACGUGGAAGCAGCCAUCGUCGACGAAUCAACGCAGUGACCAGUUUUCAAUCGAAAACGACAUAAGAAACAUGACGGCGUGAGGCGACCAGACAAGAUUGGUUACCGCAUUAGAAUGAUACACAUUUGUACAGUCUCUUCCGUAAGGAAAUUUAUGACAAAACAUAAUUCAAAUUUAGCAGACACGAAUCACUUUGGCCACAUUACCCGUGAAAUUGUGCAGAGUGAACCAAUGAAGAGAAGAAAACGAAGAAAAAGUGCAAUCGGAAAGGGCGCCCAAACUCUCCGCUGUUAGUGCAGUUGCCGGUUGGGAGGUGAAAUCGGCAACGUGUUGCAUGCCGGUGACGAGAGACGAGAAAAAUUGUAAAUAUGUGGUAAAUUUGGAGAAUCAAAUGAGACCGAAGCAGAAACAGCAGAGAAAGUCUGUCUGAUACAGUCGACAGCAGUUGGCUGUUGGUGAUUUCAGCGACAAUCACAACGAUCUUAAGUGACGCACCGACCGUCAAAACAGUAAAACGUCAACCUAACAACAACCAAAACAACAUCAGCAAAUUACGUCAACCAGAAGGAGAACAUGAGCUGGAGGGAUUCCAUCUGGCCAAGCAUCGUUAUCUUCCUGGGACUGCUCGCCACUGAAAAAUGCCGGUCUGUAGCUACGGAUGAUUUAGCUGGUUUGUCGGAGAGAGAAAUAGUGGAAGCAAUUGUGAGAAAGUGGGCCCCCUUGGUUUGGCUUGCGCCGAAUGAAAAGUAUCUGCCGGGAGCGGUAUCGACGUUCCUGGAGCACGUGCACGCCGAAAAGGCAAAGAUCGUAACGGUUUACCCGGGCAGCGAAAUAUCGGAUGUGAGUGAGUUGAAUCACUAUACCUACAACUACGACAAUGAGAACGAGCUGACCUACUACGAUCCAACACUACGACAAGCACGCAACCGGAACAAGCGUAACUUCCGCGAUCCGGCCACGUCGCUGGACCUACUGUUUGAUCUACCUAUUGGGAAUGAAUCCAAAAAUUGGUACCUCGUCACCAACAAUGAAAUCGAAGAGCUUAUAGCCGAUAAGAGUUCGUUUAUUUACGGACAGAACCCACAAAAUGAAAAUGUGCCAAUCUAUGCCGUUGUGAGCAUGUGUCGUUCAGCGACCUCGACAGUCGGAUCGCCGUCGCUUGCUGCCUCCAUCGCUGCGGCCGCUUCGUCGACCGUUACCGUGCAGCCGCUGCCACUUUCGUCCACUGUGCCACUGCAACCACCCACGACCACCUUUCCGACGCCACCGGUAGCAGCAUUGCACCAUUUUAGUCAUAUUGAAAACGAGGUAGUGUACAACACUAUCGACCGCGUCGGUUACAAACGCCAACCCUACGUGUCGGUACACAAGAACUUGUUUGAACUGCAACCGGAGCUGAAACCGGAUAUCAAUAAGAUCGAAAAGAGUAUACGUCUGAUACGGAAACGUCGCCGGCGAGGAAUUUCUAGACCCGAAACUCCUCCAGCCAGUGACGGUCAGCAAGAGGAGAAUACCGAAAGUCCCAGCGAGGAAUUGCUGGACAAAAUUGUCGAAGGUCGAGCAGAGGACGAAAACGAUGAGGAUGACGACGGUUACGGUGGUAACGAUAAUGAUUCAGACGAUUGGGAGACAAUAACGGAACGACGGGAUGACAUAAUCAUACAGAAUGGAGAAGAUUCUAGUGAUUAUCCUCACUUUCACGUGACCUACUGGAUGUUCUAUCCAUACAGUCAGGGUAAAGUAAUCUGUACCGUAAACCUAGGUCCACUCGGUCCGUGGCCGAUCCCUCUUUUGUUCGGAAUGUGCCUUGGGACCAAAAAGGAAUUUGGUAGCCAUGUCGGUGAUUGGGAGCACAUGAGUCUAUUCUUCAGAGGCAGAAGAGAACCUGACGAAAUGUACGUCUCAGCUCACGAUGCUGGUGCGUUCUAUUCCUACGAGCGACUCACGGGUACCUUUGAGUAUCGCAGCCAAGAAACGCGUAAAGGGAUCCUGCAGAGACCAACCUUUCCGAAAACGGUCAUCACCUCCGGUAACCAUCCGGUACUAUUUGCUGCUGAAGGAUCGCAUGGUUUGUGGACUGCACCUGGAAAGCACAAAUACGUUCGAGUACCGCGACUGUACGACGUUAACGGAUUCGGUACACCGUGGACUACCUGGAAGAGUGUUGAAGUGAUACAUGAAAACGACUCUAAGGGUCGCACUGCAUUGAAUCCAAAGUGGCUUAAAUUUAACGGUCGUUGGGGUAAUCCGAAAAACCGCUGCCAUCCAUUGAAGCGAUUCGGGCUGCACAUCUGUGAACUAACUGACGGUCCUACGGGAAUUCCACGAAAAAAGCCCCACUUCAAGUGCAAAAAACGAUAACUUUAAAUAUGCACACUCUUUGCAUUACAUGCUAAGACUUAGAUAAUUCUAUUUAUUUGGUAUUUUUAAUAAUUUAUUUAUCAUUGCUCAUUUUACCUUUCACCAUCAUAUAUCAUCAUUUUUGGUCUUACGACUGACAUCGUUGUUAAUUUGUUUUAACUACCAUUAUCGGCUGCCGAUAAUAUCCUAAUCAUCUAUCAACAUUCAUACAUAUCUAUCAAUUACUACCCAUAAGCUGUAACUUUAAAAAAGUCGGCAACCUACAAAAAUUUCAUUGUGAUUCGACAAAGUAAUAUGUUCCACUAAAGUAGGUAUUCGAUGCAUCGUUGUAAAAUGUAAAUAAAAAUGUUAUUUUAUUGACACUUCGAAAUGCGACAAAUAAAUUUAAAACAAAAAAAAUCCGACUGAAUAAAAGAGUAAACGUAUUGAAUA